AUAUGUAUCUUUAUAUAAACAGGCUACCUGUCAUAGCCUCGUAGAGGAGAGCAUUGCCGGCUGGUUGCAACGAUUCUCUGCCAAAAAAAAGCAACCAUGGUACUCACGACUCUUCCCUUGUCACCUUCACAAAACAGUAUCCCUCCUCAUGUGGGACUUCCACAACAUUCUUGCACUCAUAGGUUCAGUACUAGGAGCUCUAGGCUAAGAGUUUCAGCUAAACAAGGGAAUAAUGGUGAGAAAGAAGAGCCCAAGAAGAGCAAGCAAUCUUUGUUUAGCACUGUAACUGAGGCUCUGGAUUUCUCACAAGUUAGGUCUGUAAAGGAUGCUGAGCUUUUGGAGGAGGCUAGAGAUGCCACCAGGUCUGGUGGGAGGAUGUCAAGAGAACAGUACGGGGCUCUGAGAAGGAAAAUUGGAGGGACAUACAAGGAUUUCUUCAAAUCCUAUAUUGAUGUGGAUGGAAAAUAUGUGGAAGAAGGAUGGGUGGACAAAACAUGCAAGGUGUGCAAGAAAGACACAAGGGGUGAAGAAAGACAAAUAGACAAGUUUGGAAGAUAUGUUCAUGUAGCAUGCUUGGAAAAGUCCAACUCUGGAAACUUGUUCACCAGAUUAUUCUCAAGAUGAUUUUAUAUGUACAUUAGAGGCUAGUUUUUGCAAUGAAAUUUUGUUUUAUUGUUA